AUAAAUACUAUUUCCAUCACAAAUUCUAAAACAGUUCUUCGUGAAAAACCAUUAAGAAACCUUAAUAUUUUUCUACAUAAAAAUAAUCAAUUAUUUACCAACUUAAUUUUAAAAUGUCUUUAGUGCCGUUGUUUUUCCGAGAUUGGUGGGAAGAUUUUGAACGUGAGCGCUUACCUAGAAGAUUACUGGAUCAACAUUUCGGUUUGGGGUUACACAGAGAUGAUCUAUCGAAUUUGACAUCAGCUUUGUCCACACCUUCCAUGAGGUCAGGAACAUAUUAUAGACCAUGGCAAGGUAUACUUAACAGGCAAAAUAGUGGUACCUCAAAUCUUAAAUCUGAUGAUACACAAGUGCAAGUUAUAUUGGAUGUUCAACAAUUUGGACCGGGUGAAAUCACAGUUAAAACGUCAGAAGGAGCAGUGAUUGUAGAAGGAAAACAUGAAGAAAAACAAGAUGAGCAUGGUUUUAUAUCCAGACAUUUUAAAAGAAGAUAUUUAUUACCAAAAGAUGUUGAUUUAGACAAGGUAGUUUCAAGCUUAUCAUCAGAUGGCAUACUUACCGUCAGCGUGCCUAAAAAGGAAAUACAGCUGUCAGGUGAACGUAGUGUACCAAUUAUUCAAACAGGAAUACCUGCAGUAAAAGCAAAUGAAGCCCAGAAAAAUGAUGAAACUCCCAUAGUAACAGAAAUUAAAGUUGAACACCAAUAAUUUCUUUUUCUUAAAUAUAUUUUUAAUAAUGUUUAUUAAAAAUAUUUGUUAAAAUUA